AUGACCGAUAAGAAUGGUGUACCGAAUUUUGGUGAAAAAUGCCUUCGUUGUUAUCUCAACAAGCAUUGUUGUUCACUCGCCAUAUCCCGACAAAGUAUCAGUCAAUGUCGGGUGACGGAGUCUAAAAGAAGAGAAGAGCUUCCUACCAACCAUCUCAUUCGACCUCAGAAAUACUUUUCAGAACAACUUGAUAAGCUCAAACCAGGUCAUCCAGAACAUCGACAAAUGGUGGAAUUAUCGAGAGAUCUAGAGAUGAUCCAACAGGAGUUGCACAGAUCGAAGCAACAGUCCGCACCCCGAGUGAGGUCUACCACCAUCCGGACAGAAGUGGUACCUAUCAAACAGAAGGAUGAGAUGAUCGAUCUCACGGAUGAUAGUUUAGAGAGUUCUGAUUCCGAGGGUGAUUGUGAGGAAAUAGUUGACCAGCUGAUGGUGUAG